AUGAUGGCCGGCGACAACACCAAUGCCACGCGCACUCCGGCGCGCCAGCCGGCAAAGGCUGCGGCAUCCGUCUCUUCUUCCGCCAAACAAAAAUCAAUCAUGUCGUUCUUCCAGAAGUCUUCACCGGCAGCCACUCCCUCGCCAGCUGCACGCGCACAGCCUGCCCAGAAACUCUCGACUCCUGUGCCUUCGAGUGACGCGUUGGAACCCAAUAGCUCGCAGGAGAAUCUUGAUGCAGUGUCCCGCAAUGAGAAUGCCCCGAGUUCUCCGACCAUGGCCAUUGAAGCCAAGCCCAAGCCUCGACCAGCACUCAAAGACCCUGCUGGCAGCAGCCCCGGACGGAAAUCAAGGAAAGUCGUUAGCUACGCGGAAUCCUCAGAAGACGAUGAGCCUGUAUCGACCCUAAACCGCCGCCGCACUAGGACGCGGACGGUUGUGGACGACGAGGAUGACUAUGGUGAGGAUGCUUCCGCUGAAAUACUAGACGAUGAGGACGAUAUCGACGACUUUGUUGUCUCGGACGCCUCGGACGGCGAUACUCCCAAACCUAGGAAGCGAAAGAGGCCAUCGCAGCCAGCCAGCGCUCGAAAGCGAUCGAACGUAUCCCCACCCGCGAUGAAAGAAGCGCUGAGCGACUUGAACGAGGACGAGAUUAUGGCCGAUAUUCCGCCGCCCACUAGUGCCAAGCAAUGGAACUAUGACCCCGAGUCCAGAGAGAAAUGCCCUGUUACUACGCCAGCCGAGCGGGCUGCCAAAGACUCGAAGAAAAAGGAAAAGGCUUAUACAAAGGAACCCGAAGAUCGCUACUCUUGGCUCUCUAAGAUCAGAGACAAGGAGAGGCGUGAACCCGGGGACCCGGACUACGACCCGAGAACGAUUUUUAUCCCGCCUUUGGCCUGGAGCAAGUUCUCACCUUUUGAAAAGCAAUACUGGGAGAUUAAGCAAAAUCUCUGGGACACAAUAGUCUUUUUCAAAAAGGGAAAAUUCUAUGAACUGUAUGAAAAUGAUGCUACAAUAGGCCACCAAGAGUUCGAUUUCAAAAUGACGGACCGCGUCAAUAUGCGCAUGGUUGGAGUCCCGGAGAGUGUGCUUGACCAUUGGGUCAACCAGUUUAUUGCCAAGCAAUACAAGGUUGCACGAGUGGAUCAGAUGGAAACGAAUCUCGGCAAGGAGAUGCGAGAAAGACAAGACAAGACCGGCAAGAAGGCAGACAAGGUUAUUUCUCGUCAGCUUGCAUGCGUUCUAACCGCCGGAACAUUGGUCGACGGAGGCAUGCUCCAAGAUGACAUGGCUGCGCACUGCGUUGCAAUCAAAGAGUCCGUUAUAGAUGACCUCCCUGCAUUUGGCAUCGCAUUUGUUGACACUGCCACUGGCCGCUUCUUCUUGACCGAAUUCAUUGAUGACAUUGACUUGACGAAGUUUGAGACGUUCAUCGCACAAAUCAGCCCAAGAGAGAUGCUGCUCGAGAAAUCUCGCCUUUCAACCAAGGCCAACAGAAUACUGAAGAACAACACCAGCCCUACCACACUCUGGACACACUUGAAACCUGAAGUGGAGUUUUGGGAUGCCGACACCUGCAGACGCGAGUUGACAGCUGCGAACUACUUUGCAGCGGAAGAAGGCGGUGAGGGAUCAUGGCCAGAGGCUCUCGAGAGAGAAAGGAACAAUGACCUACUCAUGUCAGCCGUCGGAGCUUUGGUAUGGUACCUGCGCUUCCUCAAAGUGGAACGACCCUUGCUUUCUCAGAGCAACUUCUCCAAGUACAAUCCCAUUCAGAAGGAUGGCACCCUUGUUCUCGACGGCCAGACCCUAAUUAACCUCGAAAUCUUCUCCAACUCUGUCAAUGGCGGCGGCGAAGGCACGUUGUUCCAGCUUCUUAACAAGUGCAUCACGCCUUUCGGCAAGCGCCUUUUCCGACAAUGGGUCGCCCACCCGCUCCAGAAUAUUGAUAAAAUCAAUGAACGCUUGGACGCUGUGGACAUACUCAACAAAGAUCCGUCUGUUCGCGAACAGUUUGCCUCCCAGCUCGUCAAGAUGCCCGACCUGGAGCGUCUUAUUUCCCGAAUCCAUGCCUGCUCUUGCAAGCCAGAGGACUUUGUUCGCGUCCUCGAAGGUUUUGAGCAGAUUGAGUACACCAUGACCCUGGUUUCCGCUUUCCAAGGUGGCAAUGGCUUGCUUGAUCGCCUGAUCUCUGCCAUGCCCAAUCUCGAGGAGCCGCUAGCCUACUGGCGAAAUGCGUUCGAUAGAUCCAAGGCUAAAGAGGAGAAGAUUCUAAUUCCAGAGCGCGGAAUUGAAGAAGAUUUUGACGCUAGUUUAGAGCGCAUGGAGAACAUCAAGAGCCAGCUCCACGAGCUGCUAGCAGAUAAGAAGACAGAACUCAAGUGCAAGUCGCUCAAGUUUACCGACGUCGGCAAGGAAAUCUACCAGAUCGAGGCUCCCAAAACGAUCAAAGUACCUUCCAAUUGGCGCCAGAUGUCUGCUACCAAGGAUGUCAAACGUUGGUAUUUUACGGAGCUGACAGCUCUCGUCCGUGAGCUUCAGGAAGCAGAAGAGACACACUCGCAAUUGGUUCGUGACGUCGCUACGCGCUUCUGCAAGAAGUUUGACGUCGACUACGAGCUCUGGCUCUCCGCUAUCCAGGUCGUCGCUCAGUUGGACUGUUUGGUCAGCUUGGCCAAGGCAUCAUCUUCCCUGGGCGAACCCAGUUGCCGCCCGCAGUUUGUUGAGCAGGAUCGAAGCCUCGUUGAGUUUGAGGAGCUGCGCCACCCAUGUAUGCUGAACGCGACUGGGGACUUCAUCCCCAAUGACAUCAAGCUCGGUGGCGAGCAAGCCAAUAUUAAUUUACUCACGGGAGCCAACGCCGCGGGCAAAUCUACAGUUCUCAGAAUGUCUUGCAUUGCGGUCAUUAUGGCGCAGAUUGGCUGCUACGUACCAGCCAUCUCUGCAAAGCUCACACCUGUGGACAGAAUCAUGUCCCGUCUGGGUGCCAACGACAAUAUCUUUGCAUCGCAAUCUACUUUCUUUGUCGAGCUGUCAGAGACCAAGAAGAUUCUGUCGGAGGCCACUCCCCGCUCUCUCGUGAUUCUCGACGAACUGGGUCGUGGCACAAGUUCGUAUGAUGGUGUUGCGGUUGCUCAAGCCGUGCUGCACCAUGUGGCGACGCACAUAGGAUGUGUUGGAUUCUUCGCUACGCAUUACCAUUCUCUCGCCACUGAGUUUGAAAACCACCCCGAGAUCAGAGCUCGCCGCAUGCAGAUUCAUGUCGACGAUGCGGAGCGCCGCAUCACCUUCUUGUACAAGCUCGAGGAUGGUGUCGCGGAAGGCAGUUUCGGUAUGCACUGCGCAGCAAUGUGCGGCAUCUCCGGCCGCGUCAUUGAGCGUGCCGAAGUGGCGGCCAAGGAGUGGGAGCACACGAGCAGGCUCAAGGACUCUCUUGACAAGGCCAAGACUGGAUGCUACAUUCCGUUAGGUAUUCUGAGUGACGUUGGAAAUCUGCUUGGCGACAGAGGUGAAAUUGAUGACAAGGGUAUUGAUGUUCUUUUGCGUGCGAUUGAAUGCCUGUAG